UGUUAGUGCAUCAUUUCGAAAAACGUUUGACAAAAACAUGGAUUUGCCAUUUGCAUAUUGCACAUGCGGUCAGCCUUUUGAUGUUGAUCAAUUUAAGAUACAAUGUGACGUCUGUAAUAAUUGGUAUCACGGAACGUGUUUAAAUGUAAGGGAAUAUAUGGCAGCAGACCUUGAUAAAUUUCACUGUCCACGUUGCGAAGUCACCUGUGGGCCAUCUUUAAUGAAAGCCAGAAUGAAUUGGCAUCGCCACGACUACUCGGAAAUUAAUGCUGAAACAAAGCCCGUGCAAACAGGCACACCUGUUUUCAUCCGAGAAUUAAAAUCAAGACAUUUCCCGAAGGCAGACGAUGUUGUUAAAUAUUUAAGAGGACAACAGUUAACAAUACAGUAUUUGCAGAAUAUAGGAUUUGACACGCCUAUUAUUGUUGACGGAAAAGAAGGGCUUGAUAUGAUUGUUCCACCUUCAAAUUUCAGUGUUUACGACAUUGAGGGCUAUGUCGGUGGAGAUCGUGAAAUGGAUGUUAUCGACGUUGCAAAGCAAAACAAUAUUCGCUUGAAAUUGAGAGAAUUUGUCGAAUAUUACAAUGCUCCCGUUCGCACAAGGAUUUUGAACGUUAUAAGCCUUGAAUUCACAAACACUGGUCUCGCACCGUUGGUCGAAGCUCCUUAUAUUGCACGUAAACUCGAUUGGGCAAAUACAGUGUGGCCACGCGACUGGCCAGAGGAUAGCGAAUUAAAACGACCCGAAGUGCAAAAAUACUGCCUGAUGGGUGUCAAAGACAGCUUCACUGAUUUCCACGUUGAUUUUGGUGGCACUUCCGUCUGGUAUCACGUUUUACGGGGCGAAAAGAUAUUUUAUCUUAUAAGGCCGACACCCACGAAUUUACAACUGUAUCAACAUUGGAUGUGCAGUUCUACGCAGAGUGAAACUUUUUUUGGAGAUCAGGCGGACGCAUGUUAUAAGUGCAUUCUGAAAGAGGGUCAAACUAUGCUGAUACCAACUGGAUGGAUUCACGCAGUUUUAACGCCCGUUGACUCACUUGUUUUUGGAGGCAAUUUCAUCCACAGUCUCAAUAUCCCUAUGCAAAUACAAAUAUACGAAAUAGAGAGGAAAAUGAAAACUCCUUACAAGUUUCAAUACCCAGGCUUUGAAACUAUCAACUGGUUUGCGGCUAAAAAAUUACUGAAAGAACUAAAGGAAUUAAACAAUGAAGGGAAAAAGUGCCCUCCCUACUUUUUACAAGGAGUUAAAGCUUUACUAAGUAUUCUCAAACAGUGGAACACUGACAAAGAUUACAAUAUGGUUAGUCGCAGUCACAUACCGGAAACAAUAAACAGCCAAAAGUUACUGAAAGACAUCAGCAAGGAAAUUAGAAAUGCUGAACGAUAUCUGAUAUCUUUGAAUCCUCCGAAGCCAGAGCGCGAGAGCAAACGGAAGAAAAAAAAACCGUUAAAUAAGGAUUUUGUUGACUAUGAAGUCGCAGAUCGAAUGAAAAACAGUCCGUUCACAGCCACACUGAAAGACACGAAUAAAUCCGAUUCUGUGAUGAGCGAAACUCUAGCAGUAAAUCGACCAUCUAUAAAAAUGACUCUACCAAAACCACCAGUCUUCCCAUUUGUAAAAACAAAUACGGCUGCAUCGCCAGCAGUCACUGAAAAGAAGCGUGCCUCGAAAACUGGAAAGCAGAGUCCAAAAGUGAUUAGAUUUAAACUAGGCGACAAGGAGGUGGUUAGAAGUACAAAUGACAAUAUUAUUUAUGGUAAUUUUGCAAUAGAUAGUACCGUGGAAACAGCUAAGGAGUUUACGUGGAAACAGACGUCGGUCUAUGACUUUCAUGACGGAAGCAAUGAAAGUGAUUAUGGAGGAUUGACGGUGGAUGAAGCGCCAAAGAGAAGGAAAGCAGCAAAAUCAACUCCGCAGAAAAAAGUCAAACGCCUCGAUAACAAUGAUGUCGAGGUUCUCAAUAAUAUUCCAAAGAACGGCAUCGAAGAGCUAUUGAAAGCAUCGGCCUAUACUUUGGGAACAACUGGUCAACGGCUAGAUAUCGCUCCUUCAGCGUCUAGUCCUCUUUACGAGCAACCUGCACCAGCACCUACUGGUUCUGUUAGGGCUUCACCAUCAACGCGAGAAGCUAUCGCAGGCAUGCUGUCCAUCAGCGAGCAAUGUUAUUCCACCACAUCUGAAAAACCAUCGAAGCCAGUUAAAACAAUAAAACCAGCACGUGCUGAUGAUGAAGACGACGAUCUCUUACUUGAGAAUAUUGAUAAAGUACACCAAGAUGAUGAUUUUAUUUAUCCAGCAUUAGACGUGUCGGAUGAGGAAGAAUUCAUUUUUAAAUCUAAAUGUAAGAGAGAGGAAGAUGAAGCAUGGAAUCCUAAAGCAAGAGUUGGACCUCUUUUGCCGAAAACAAAUCGCCCUGCGCGCGAAGGUGCUAAAAAGACAUCGGUGGAAAAAGGUUUAGAAGCUGCUGCCGCCAAGAGAGCAAAGCAACCGGAUGAUUACUCAGAUAGCGAUGUGGAUAACCCUACCAAGAAAAAAUUGUCGACGUCCAAACGUACAUACAAUAAAAGAAAACAAAAAGAUGUAUCCCUUGUACCGCCUGCAGCUAGCUCAUUUGUACCGAUGGAGAACACUGUCAAACCCACCAGUACAUACACUUCUAUUUUGACAAGUCCAAACAGAUUUAAAGAUGUUAAAGCAAAACUUUCAGCGCCAGUUCCAGUUGAGCGUAAACCAAAAAAGGGUAUGAAAACAGCGAAACAACGAUUGGGAAAAAUUUUAAAAAUUCAUAAAAUGAUACAUUGAAAGUUAAAAAGAUGGUCAAGACCAUUCUCUUGGAGUUCCUUUCUUUCGUCGAAAAUUAUGCCGGGUAUAUUUCAACUGCAGUGUAAAUAACAUGAAGAUUUCCUUAUACAUUUUUUUUUCUUCAUAUUUUUUUAUUCUUUCAGUUUCAAUGUUUUCUCAAUGUAUAGAGAGACUUCCGAGCUCAGUAUUCAGAUCGAAUUGAUAUAAUACUUAUUUCUCGUGAUCAAUUUAUGUUUGGUUAAAAUAUUAAAUAUUAUAUACGUGUAAAAGUAACAUUAUUGCCUAGUAGUGUGAAAAAAUAAUUAUAUUAGGCUUGUAGAUUACGUAGAUUGGUUUAAGGUCGAAUACCUCAGACAUUUCAUAAUCUAUUAUUUAUUUUUGCGCUGUACAUACGAUGAAUUUAAAAACAAAAUGAAAAUAUUAGGUUGCGAAUCAACUUCUGAAUGUAUUUUUAGAAAUAGUGUUUAUACGAUACAAUUUCACUAAAACUGCGAAUUGAUUAUUGAAAGCUUGCAUGAUUUUCAAAUCGACUUAAAAUAAUUUUGUUGUCAAACAACAAAGCGCUAUUGAAUACAAUAUUUCAAAUUCUUUUUGAGGCCGAUUUCAUGUGAAAUCAGGCAGGAAUAUUUUUUGGUUUUCACUGAUAUUUUUUUGUUAGAAACUUAAUUUUACUUAAAUAUUUAAGUGAAUUAUGAAGAAAAUUAACAAACAUUUUCUUUAAAAAGUUGUAUCUUGGGAACCAAUGGAAAGAAACUAUAGUUAUACGGCAUGACAUAAUGUUGUCGAAAAAUGAAAACACCGAAAAUAUUUAGUAAUGAAAUUGAAAUAUUCCGAAAGGAAAAGUUAAUGAGACUAGAAAAAUUCAGAAACUUCAAUUUUCCCCGAAACUUUGAAAGCAGAAUUUUGAAAGUAACGAAAUUUCAACUUCACGAUUAAUAAAUGCCCGACAAUUCUAAUUACCCAAAUUUUUAAUUCACAAAUAACCCAAUUUU